AUGGAGUUCAAGCACUUUAGCCACCCACAUAAUUUGAGAAUUUAUAAUUUUCCUCAUCAAAAUCCUGAAACAUACACUUGUUCAGGAUGUGAAUCAAUCAUCUCAGGAUCCGCCUACGCUUGCUUUCAAUGCAUGUUCUUCCUCCAUCAACAUUGCGGGAACGCACAAAGAGCAAUUCAACACCAAUCACACCCCAUGCACCACCUCACCCUCCUCCCAUCCACCACCUACUCCGCUGGCUCAUUCAUCUGCAACGCCUGUGGCCGCGCCGGCCGCGGCAAUUCCUUCUCCUUCUGUUGCCCCUUGUGUGACUUUGAUCUCCAUCUCCAAUGCGCUUCCUUGCCUGAAAAUAUUAAACGUGAAGCGCAUUUUCAUGGCCUUUGCCUUAGCUAUGGUUUGCCUCAGCCAAAUAAUGAAUGUUAUAAUUGUGAUGUUUGUCACAAAUUGUUGGACCAAAAAUUUUGGUCUUAUAAUUGUUUUGCUUGUAACUUUCAUGUGCAUACUUCUUGUGCAAUUGUAGAUGGAAGUGUUUCUGGGGCCUCCCAGAAUCGCUUAUCUGACGAGGUGACGGCAGAAAAUAGAGAAGAUCCUGUACUUAAUGCUCAGACUGAAUUGCAAAGGCUUCAACAUGAAUUGCAAAUGGCUCAGGAACUUGCCAAAAUGAUGGCUUCGUUUAAUCUUUCUUCUUUAGUUUAAUUUGAUGCAAAUAAUUUCAAGUCUUAAUCUAGUGGUUUUGUUUUGAAUAUCAGGAACAAACCUUGCUAUGA